CUCCAGUUCCGCUCCAGUCCAGAUCUGCGAGCUGCAGCUGAUGGUGUGUGUGUGUGUGAGUGUGUGUGAGUGAGUGUGUAUCAGUCUCCCUCUGACCUAACCACGGCAACAACAUCUGCCAUUGCUGUGUGCUCGGGAAUAUCAGCCUGCGUUGCUUUCGAGUCGGCUCGAGCGACGCGCUUUGCAGUUUGUUAAGGCGGAAUUUUCAGCGCACGGUUCAGUUCCACGGUUCGCUCUGAAGGCGCGUUUGGUGAAGCUCUGCGUCACUGCUUCACAUCCAGCUCACACACGCCAAGGCGGCGGAAGUUUUCCAGGAAUAUCCAAGAGGACAGAGUGUUUGAUUUGGAUUUUUUUUUUUUAAAAAAAGCGCUCUGGCUGGAAAUCUGCACGCGGGACAAGCCGCUGAUAACCGGACACAUCCGAUCUUUUUUAAGCGCUCGCGCAUUAGUUGGGGGGAAGUUUUGCAAAACAAACAAAAACCAAACAAACAUGGGCUUAUGUGGUUAUGUAGUUGUGCCCUGGAGAUGCCUGGCAGUGCUGGCUCUGAGACUGCUCUUCCUUGUGCCUGCAGGAGUGCCAGCGCGCAGCGGAGACUCUUAUUUAAAGGACAACAUCACGGUGAGACAGGGGGACAGCGCCGUCUUAAAAUGCAAUGUGGACAGCAAGGUAUCGAGGGUAGCUUGGCUGAACCGCACCACUAUUCUCUUCACGGGGAGUGAGAAAUGGUCUCUGGACCCGCGAGUGGUCUUGCUGAAUAACACAGCAGUGACAGAGUACAGUAUAAAGAUCCUGGAUGUGAACUUGCAUGACGAAGGGCCAUACGUGUGCUCCAUUCUCACAAACAAGAAGCCUGAGUCCACCAAAGUUCACCUCAUCGUCCAAGUUCCGGCCAGGAUUGUGAACAUCUCGACAGACAUAACGGUAAACGAGGGCAGUAACGUCAGUCUCAUGUGUCUGGCGAUUGGACGACCUGAACCCAGUAUUAUAUGGAAAUAUCGCUCUGCUAGAGGUCGUAAAUUCAUCAGUGAGGGCGAGUAUGUUGAGAUGACUGCGAUCACCAAAGAGCAGUCCGGAUCAUAUGAGUGCAUCUCUUCAAAUGACAUCUCGCCCCCGGAUGUCAGGACGGUACAGAUCACUGUAAACUAUCCUCCAGUCAUUUCGCAAGCUCGCAGCACAGGGACUGCUGUUGGACAGAGAGGAGUGCUGCAGUGUGAAGCAUCAGCUGUUCCUCUUGCUGACUUUCAGUGGUACAAGGAAGAGCGCCGCCUUUUCAAUGGACUCAAUGGAGUCAAAAUCGAAAACAAAGGUAAACAGUCCAUGUUGAUAUUUUUCAACGUGUCUGAAGAGGACUAUGGAAACUACACGUGUGUGGCCAUGAACACGCUGGGAAUCACAAAUGCAAGCAUAAUCCUGUAUGGCCCAGGAGCAAUACACGACGUGAACAGCGCUGCACUUUCUCCAUCCAGCUCUGUCUGCCCACUGCUCACACUCAUUCUCUUUUAUCUCAAGUUUUGAUGCUAGAGACACCAACAUCUGCAUCAGCUCCUCUCGGCAUAACACAAAGACAGACUCAAAGUCCCUUCAUUAGAAGCAAACCAUUAUUAUUGUUAUUAUUUGGUUUGAACUUUUUUCUCCAGGGGUUGGGCUAGAAAAUAGAUUUGGACUAUGAGUCUGUCCCAUGAGAACAUGAGACUGCACAGGUUAGGGUUCUGUGACUAGCUGGUAAAUAUAGUGAGCUCUUAAUUUUUUUUAAAUGUCAAAGAAAAGCAAAAAGUCAUUUGAUCGUAAAAAAAAAAAAUACAUGGAUGGUUUUGCUCGGUAUUGAAAUGUGUGAGUUGAGAUGUCUGUGUCAUGUCAGCUUUCCUUGUAAAAAAAAAAAAUAUGGAGUUCUUGCAAUGAAUUCUUCUUUUUAAAUAAUCAACAAAAGUGCAAAAAAUCAUGUGAUAUUUGAUUUACUGUACCUGUACAGAUGUAUACAGUGGAAUACUUACAGUUCAUUUGAAUAUGAGUGAGGUCAGUCUGUGCGUAAUAUAGCUCACAUUUCCUGAAAAAAAAAAAAACAGUCUGGUGUGUAUUAUAAUGUUCAUCCAUUACUGAAAUAAUGUUCUGAUUUUGUAAAAAAGGACUUCUGCAUUACCACACACAGACAGUAGGUCAGUAGGUUAGUCAUCUUACCUGGUCUUUUUAGAACCUUAUUUUAGACACUCUUUACAGUAAUAUAUACACAUGUAGGUUUAGGAAGUAGGCAACACACUGGAUUUGCAACAUUUGAUGCAACAUUUGGUGCACAUUUAGAGUAACACUUCUGCAAAUGUUAUCUACAUGUGGAACAAGGCCCUAAGUACCGCAUGUGUAAUCAGACAAAAUUGUAUAAUUAUUAAUAUACAGUAUACACUUUCCCUGCGGUUCCUGUAUAAUUGGGAGAUUUCCUGUUAAUUGGUGAUCAUAAGGUUAUAAAUAGGGAUGCACUGAUACCAUUUUUUUCAGACCAAAUAAGAAUAUGAGUGCAUGUGUUUUGGUACUCGUCAAUACUGAUACCAAUACUGAUACCGAAAUGUGUAACCUGCUUAGUAAUAAGCAAUCACAUUCAUCAUGGAACAUUUUAUUUAGCUCUGUUUAUAUUGGGUGCUGCCAUCUGCUGCUAGCUAUGAACUCCUCGUGCUGAGUUUUAGGUUUAAGAUAUUUUAUAAGGUUGCUUGUAUUGUAGGAUGAUGCUCUAGUUCCUCCUGUUGAUAUUUUCCCAGAACACAGUUUGCCGUCUGCUUUGCUUUGAUUGCCAUUAAUCGUGAAAUAGGUCCAGAUCGUUGUCAUUUUGUGUCGUCUGUACACUCGGCUUACCUCACAUACUAUCACAUUGUAUCAAAUUUUAGCAUUGGAGCAAUGAGCUCCGAGCACGGUACUGGACCGAUACAUGAUACCAGUAUUGGUAUCAAUGCAUCCCUAGUUAUUAACGGCUCACAAAUGAAGAAGACCCUUCAUUUAAAAAAAGGUAUGUUUUUAUCAUUGUUUGUUUACAAUCUGUUGAGGUAUCUUACCAGUGUUCUCUCUCAGGUUUUAAGGGAUGACUUUAAUUUUUGUGUGCCUGUGAAUGUCUAUGCUUAAAUCCUUAUGGCAAAGGAUAUUAAAAAAUAAGGCCAACACCAUUAUUUGUUAUGGUUAUUAUGCAUUAUUUAUUAUUUUAUAUUCUGAGAGCUGGUUUUUAAAGUGCAUCAGAUACACUUUAUUCCCAUGCAUACAUAUGCAUCAAUGUAGAAUAUUCCCAUUGAAUGUGUAUAUAAUCAUUAAGUACAGUAGAGAUCCUGUACAACACACAGUACAACAACAGCCCAACCCUAAACCCACCCCCAACCCAUAAUCCCCCUGUGUGUCUCUCAGCGCUUAUAUGUAACCUUGAUAAGCUUGCCACUUUCUCUGUCACACCUCUGCACCUGUUACUCUCUCUCUAAAAGCAGAGCUGGAAUGCAGUCAACACCUUAAUGAGGAGAUUUGGAUGCUUCCCAAGGAGAAACAGUUAUCAGCCCAUGACAUUAGACAAGCUACACACACACACACACACACAUACAGUUCUAUGAGAGCUUAGGAAUAAAAUCUUGUACACUAAGGAUUUCGCAAGAAGAGACGCAACUAUCCACUGCUCCACAAUGCAAAACACACAUGAAUCUCCUGCGUAAUUCUCAAAACAUGAAUUUUUUUUUUUUUCCCCUAUGGUUUGUUAUUAUAGAUCUGAGAUUGAGCACAUGUAGUGUUUUGCAUGUGCUGGGUGAUUUUUUUCCCUCUAAUAUACACCGAUCAGCCGUAAGAUUAAAAUCACCUGCCUAAUAUUGUGUAGGUCCCCCUUGUGCUGCCAAAUCAGCUCUGACCUGUGCUGUGUUAUCUGGCACCAAGAUGUUAGCAGCAGAUCCUGUAAGUCCUGUAAGUUGCGAGGUGGGGCCUCCAUGGAUCAGACUCUGGGGAAUUUGGAGGCCAAGUCAACACCUUGAAAUCUUUGUCAUUCUUUCUCAGAAGAUUCCUGAACCAUUUUUGCAGUGUGGCAGGGCACAUUAUCCUGCUGAAAGAGGCCAGUGCCAUUAUGGAAUACCGUUGCCAUGAAGGGGUGUACUUGUUCUGCAACAAUGUUUAGGUAGGUGGUACAUGUCAAAGUAAAAUCCACAUGAAUGGCAGGACCCAAGGUUUCAUAGCAGAGCGUUGCCCAGAGCAUCACACUGCCUCCGCCGGUUUGCCUUCUUCCCAUAGUGCAUCCUGGUGCCGUCUCUUCCCCAGGUAAGUGAUGCACACGCACUCGGCCAUCCACAUGGUGUAAAAAGAAAUGUGAUUCAUCAGACCAGGCCACGUCCUUCCAUUACACCAUGGUCCCGUUCUAUCAUAGCCAGCAUUAACUUUUUCAGCAAUUUGUGCUAUGGUAGCUCUUCUGUGAGAUUGGACCAGAUGGGCUAGCCUUUGCUCCCCAAGCGCAACAAUGAACCGGUGUCCUUCCUUGGGCUAGUUUUGGCAGGUACUAACCACUGCAUACCGGGAACAGCCCACAGACCUAACAUUUUGAGAUGCUCUGACCCAGUCGUCUAGACAUCACAAUUUGGCCCUUGUCAAAGUAAGUCAGUUCCUUAAGCUUGCCCAUUUUUCCUGCCUCCAAAACACCAACUUCGAGAACUGACUGUUCACUUGCAGCCUGAUAUUUCCCAACCCUUGACAUGUGCCACUGGAAUGAGAUAAUCCAUGUUAUUCACUUCACCUGUAAGUGGGUUUUAAUGUUAUGGCUGAUCGGUGUAUGACGGUCAUUUGAGAAGAAAAAAUCAAUUUGACCUUAAGGAGAAAUGAUUUUGUAAUUUGAAUUUGUUUGAAUUCCUUCAAAUGAAAUUGUAAGAAAUGUUAUAGCUACUAACUUCACCUCUAACUUUAACAAACAAAAAGUUCAUACAAGUUCUCUUGUGCAAAGUUUUACCCGCUCCACUCUCUCUGCAUUGCUUCUGAUUUAUGCUGUGGUAGGAAGAUAGGAAGCGUAUGUACAUUGGGACACAUUCCAAACAUUGCCUAAAUAUUUUAUAAAUCAAUACUAGUGGAUUUGUGAACAGUUAAUAUUAAACUGCUUAAGGUUGCAGAAGAGUAUUAUUAUGGGCAGACUGUGCAAAACUAUAAAUUGAAUAAAUGUAAUCAUUGUUUGGCAACUUAUUAGGUCAACCUGAAUAAAAGCACAGAUACAAUGCCAGUCAAAUGCUUUAAAUCACAUCAUUGGAUUAUUAAAAUAUUAUACAAAUAUUAGAGAUCAGUGUUUUAUUGGAAGAAUUUAGAUGUGAUCUUAGAAAAGGCCAAAAUCUUUAUUAUUCUAAUUAGGCAUUGAAUAUGUAGCACACUGUGUAUUUAGUUUAUACAGUUAAUACUAAGCACUGACUAGGAAUCUCUUGUCUAUAGGCUUAAUGUGUUUACCCUUCAAGUUUUUUUUGUCUGUACCAAUAAUAGUGACUAAACUUUAAUUAAACAAGAGAUUCCAGGUGUUCAAAAACUUUUGACUGGCAGUGUAUGAAGCUUUACGAUUUAAGCUUUAAGUCGUCAGUGAAGUAUCCACCUGUCAUCUUACCUUCUGGAACAUGCAUUUAUCUACAUUAUAUAGGAGCAGGGAAUGUGAUGUUCCUCAGCUUGGAGAAGUGCUGGUCUAUUUGCAUUAAAAACUGUUAUGAAGUACAAUUACAAUGCAUUUUACCACAGUGCUGUUGAACUCUCUAUUCUGAUUGGUCAGAAGUUAUUUGUUGAUUUUUCUGAAAAGCAGCCCUGACAGUGGUGCCGGCUGCAAAGCAAAUCACAGGUUUAUAAUAAUGCACUUGUUCUAAUGCAUUACUGUUUCUAUAGUAACAGAUCAUUCACAAUUGUAUAGCAGACAUUCACAUGAUUGAAUCCUAACUGUGAAAAAAUGUGUUGCAUUUAAAAGCAUUAUGUGCACUCUUAGAAAAAGGGUUUUAAGAGUUUUGUUUAUUUCCUUAGUUAAGGAUUCAAAAAGCCUUUUCUGAGAGUGAGACCCUCUGUGGUAGGGUUCUGCAUAGAACCUUUAAAUUUUCCCCUAGAUGGACAACUGAAAAAACAUGAAGUGUUCCAGAUUUGACUUUGGCAUUGUCUAUUUGUAUUAUUAUUUUCCCUAACAGUGUAUAACUCAUAUGUCAGCUAAAUGAAUUUCUCAAUUCAUUCAUUUCUUGAUCAUUUCUUGAUUUACACCUCACAAAUAAAUAAGUCUUUCUUAAAUCA